AAGACUAUAUCAUUAGGAUGUACAGCACUCGACAUGUCGCUAAAUCUCUCUGCCAAAGAUGUUCUAAAACUCUCACCCACCUCCGAACAUUCCACUCCGUCUCAGAAGCUCGUAACUUUCACAGACAAAUAUCAUCUUUAGAUCCUCCUAACGCACAAACACGAGCAGAACUGACUUGGCUGGCAUAUCUCACCAGUUCAACAGACCUUAACAUUCAAGAGACUAUUAACAGUUUGCAUGUUCAUGGAGAUAAAACAGCUGCCCUACAAAUACUGUUGACACAGCCGUACCAUCAGAGGAGCUGGGAGGAACUGAAAGAAGUUAUAGGAGGGGUGAUCAGGGAGGAUCCUUCUGAUAGCACUACUAUUCUUACUGGGCUCAUUACACAGUUCUCCUUGAGUGAUAUGCGCAACCAAAAGCGGCCGCCAGAUCAGAUAACAGAAAUGCAAGAAAAGAAGCGAAUACAACUGGAAAGUUUUCCUUUGUCCACUAAUCUAGAUAGAAUAACUGUAGCUUACUACUGGAUGAGAAAUAAUCGACUGGACUUAGCAAACAGCUGUUUCGAGGACAUCACUCUAGUUGAAGAGCUAGACUGUUUCAUUUUGUUGAAGGGUAUUUCACUGUUACCCUUGAACGGCGCCUUCAACAAGAGGGUGGUGAUAGAUCUCAUCAAAUUCCCUGACAUUCCAAAACUUGCUGCUAAAUUAGCUCUCUUCCAACCAGCUAAAUAUGAAGUUAUAUCUGAGUUGCUGCUACGGAACAAAGACUGUGCUUCAGACCGUAUCACUGAGUUUAUUGAACAUCUUUCUGGCAUAUGCGAUUCUCCUGAGCAAAUUCAUGAUAUCAUAUGUCAAUUGAAGUUACCCGAGGAGGAGAUGGUACAAGUUUGUUUUAAUCUCCACCAAUCAGGAGCUGACCGCCUAUUCUACACCGCAUUUCUAACUCUCUCCAAGUCAGCUACACUCGACAUUAUCCCUCUCAUAUCUGGACAAUCUUCCUCCUCCUCUCCUCAAACCCACAUCGUCCACGCUAUCUUAGCUUUCGUUCGACUCGGUAUCAAGGACCUGAUUCCGCUUCUCAUCAACAAAGUUUCAGACCCCAGCUUUGCAAGUUUUAUCAGGAACAACAUCUCUAAAGAUGGAUGGAUCAUGGGAGUCUUGAAUUUGAAGGAUGUAUCUUUUCAGUCAGCUGACUACAAUGCUUUGAUAACUCCACUAUCAAGUAGCUGUAUGGCACAACUUAUAAAGAAAUGUUGUGAUGAAGGGACUCACCUAGAUUUCAUAAAACAGGCAAUUGUAAACAGCUACGAAUCUCAGACCCUGCACGAGGUGAUGCUCUUCCUCCUGCAACAAGGUAGGAAUCUAUCUGCAGGUGACUAUGUUGACGACUGUCUCAUCCACACGUGUCCUUUCCUUUCGGGAGGUAAGAUCCUGGCUCUGGUUAGACUCCUGGCAGAUCACUCUAUUGUUAACUCUUAUCAACAGAAGUUCUGGAUGAUUGUGGCAUACGACAAAAAGGAAGACUGCGAGGAUCUUGCUGUUGAUAUUUUGAGGGAGCUUUACGGCGAACAAGACAAUUCCGCGUAUUUCUCUGUUCAAGAUUUGAACAAUUUGAUUCAGUUGGUAUCUUCAGAGCAGAUCCGGAAAGAACUUCGUGGCAGAGCUGAUAAUAUGGUAUCAAUAAUAGAGGAAUUCGAAUUGUCGGUUUUGCAAAGGAAGAGUACCCCCAGACUUUUAUUCGGUGGUGUUAAUGGGACUAUGUCUUUCCAACUACUAAAGGAGAACAACCUAUUGUACAGAGUAGCUCAAACUUUUGGGGUUCACUCAGCAAUAGCAACUUUGAAGACAGUGACUAAAGUUGGUAAGAAUUGUAAUGACUUGGUGGAGUUUAUGAAACAAAUUGAAGUGAACGAAGAUCAUGCCAUGCUUAAAUCAUUACUCAAAUAUUACGGCUUUCUUCUGCCACCUCGGAUGAAAAUAUACGGUGAAAAAAAUCUACAAAAAGAACGUAAACUAAAGAAAGCAUCUUACGACAGAGUGACUGAAAUACAACUGUAUUUGUAUAGUUAUUUAGCACACAUGCCUUGUGAUGAACAUAUCGUAACCAUGUUAAAAGAAAGUCUCAAUGACAAUGAAAUUGCCAAUUUGUUAAUGGUUCAACAUGUUUUGAACCCCGUAAAUCCAACUGAAGAGAAUGACUCUGUGACAGCUCUGCUGAAUUCGCCUCAAUAUUUUAAAUGUCUUAAUAAAAAAGAUAGGAAACUUCUGUUGCACAUUUCUUUGACAAAUUCUGAUGGAAGUCAAGUUGGACUACCAGUGGAGUCACAAGAAGAGGAGAACACUUCAUUACAUGAACAGAAAACAAGUUGAUACGUCAUUAUAAGACCAGUUAAUGCCGAGCAAUCUAUGUCCUUUAAAUAGGCACCCUCUAGUCUGAUUAUACUUUUUGAAUUAUUGGUGCAUUUUGGAUUCCAUUGACUUGUUGAUUCCUUUUGCUACGUAGAGAUGUGCUGAACUUUCUCUUGAAAGUUCAAUUGUUUUAUUGGUAAUUGAACAAUGAACAGUCACUUAAAUUCUUCAAAUUCUUAAUAUCUAAUCUGGGGUGAAAUGAUUCUUUGACUGACAAUUUAGAAAUUUUCUACAUUUGUCAUAGGAAUAAUUGCGGUUUAAAACAAAUUGUAAUUAAUAAAUUGAGUAAAUUGGUCUCGUUGAACACCGACUAAACCCUCUUUUUCUAAUAAGAUCCAGGAGAAUAUGACAGAGCACUCCUUAUUCGGUAAUUACAGGAUAAUCCUGGCCAGUACUUCACCACGACGUAUAGAACUAAUUAAACAGAUUGGAAUAAAAGCGGAAAUAAUCCCCUCUGACUUUGAAGAGAAUCUCCCUAAAUCUUCUUUCCCGACACCUGCAGAUUAUGUGAUAGCCACUGCUGAAGGUAAAGCCUGCAAGGUUUUCAGUGAAAACACAGAUGCUGUAGUUAUUGGAGCCGAUACAGUGGUUGUAAUUGACAAUAAGAUCCUUGAGAAGCCGAGUGAUGCGCAGUGUGCACACACCAUGUUAUCACGGUUAAGUGGGCGCAUCCAUCACCUGGUAACCGGAGUGUGUAUCUGCUACCAGGACAUCAAACACACAUUCCACGUGCAGACGGAAGUUAAGUUAAUUGAUUUAUCUCCUGAUUUGAUAGACUGGUAUAUUGGUACUGGGGAACCAUUUGACAAGGCCGGAGGGUAUGGAACUCGUGGAAAGGGCGCUAUCUUAGUGGAUAGGAUAGCGGGAUGUCCUUUCAGUAUGAUGGGAUUACCACUUCAAAAGCUGCACAGUGAACUUUCACGUAUCUUAGGUUGACUUGGAGAAAUGUAGAUUUUAAUCAGAUGCAUGAUUUUUAAAUUAUUAUACCGAGGUAUUCUUUUAGAUUUAUUAUAAUUUUGAAAAAGCAUUUAUCUAGUAUAUUGUUGUAUGGGUAUAAUUGUAUAAUUGAGGUAGAACCUUUAGAAUUAGGAAAUAAUUUUAAAGCUAAUAUUUAUUAUUUUUACAGUCUUUCUGUCUUUGAUUAGCUAAUUGAUUUAUUUCGUUUUCUACAGUAACCUAAUAGUUUUAAUCUAAUGUAAUAUUAUGUUUUCUCUCUAUGAAGUAUGAGAUAUUGUAGAUCUUAGGU